CAUGACUAGCCCGCGAAUUGGGCUUUUCUGCUUUCUCCCCUUUUGCUUUCGCAGUGUCUUGCACUUUUUUCGCACUCAACGUUCAGCGUUAAUCACCAAGGAAGCUGUAUCCGAGCUUCUUUUUUUUUUUGGCUUGAACUGUAUCGGGGAGUGUCGCAUCGUACCUGUCCCGCAGUUUCUUCUGAGCGCCCGCAAUUAUGGUUCCCAAGAAGGCAAGGAGUAAGCGAAUUUCUGCGAGCAGGCGGUACAAGACCGUGAAGGCGGUCGCCGAGCACCAUCGCAAGCAGAGGAAGGAAGCCAAGAAGCACCCAAAAACAAAGAGGGCAAAGAAGGACCCGGGAAUCCCCAACUUGUUCCCCGGCAAGGACACCCUUCUGCAGGAGGCCGAGGCCAAGAAGAAGCGAGUAGCGGAGGAGAGGGAACGCCAGAGGGCUGAGCGUCGCAAGCUGCAGGAAAAGAACAGAGGCUUGGGAGAUUUCACGGAGGAGUCUGCCACGUCCGCGAAGGAUGCUGCCCAGCUUGCGGAGCUGUUCGACCUCACCCGGUCGAUUCAUAGUGAGGGGUUCUCGCUGGGCUCGACUUUGGACGCUGUUCUUGGCAAGACCGAUAGCAAAGCGUUCUACACCGACUUUAAGAACGUUGUAGCGGAUGCGGACAUCAUUUUUGAGGUGUUGGAUGCUAGGGACCCUAUGGGAUGCCGGAUACGUCAGAUUGAGGAGAUGGUGCUGGCGGCUGGGGCGAAAAAGCGUCUCGUCCUCCUCUUGAACAAGAUCGACCUGGUACCGAGAGAAAUCGUCGAGCAAUGGUUGGUCCGCUUACGGAAAGACUUCCCAACAAUCGCAUUCACCACAGCGGCUCAGGAGGGAGCGUCAAUAUCCAUGAACGCAUCCCCAGACCGGGCAACCACCUUCGCGCAAAGUCUGAUCUCACUCGUGCAAAAUUUCCGCAAGAACUCAAAGAGCAAAAAGGGAGUCACUGUGGGAAUUGUCGGAUUUCCCAACGUCGGAAAGGCCAGCAUCGUCAACCUUUUGAAGCGGUCGAAGGCGGAGGGUGUCAAGGUUUCUUCAUCCAAGGGUGCGGACACGGUCCCAUUAGCAGAUGGCAUCAACCUGCUCGAAUACCCGGGCAUCGUUUACAGCCAGAGCGUUGAGGAGGACGAUGAGGCGGAAGUACUGCUCAGGAAUUGCAUGACGGUGGAGAUGUUGGAAGACCCAAUAUCAUUAGUCGAUGUGAUCGUACGCCGCUCUAAACCAGAGCAACUGGUACGCCACUACAACGUGCCGAUAUUCGCAGAUACCCAAGACUUCCUUGUCCAAGUCGCUCGCCAGAAAUUGAAGCUGAGACGGGGAGGCGCACCGGACCUACUCAACUCUGCUCGCGCCGUCCUGCAAGACUGGAACGCUGGUCGUAUUCCAUUCUACGCCGCCCCACCCAAAUCCGACGACUCCACAACGCCUUCCUCCAGCAACGCCACCGCCGCGACGUUGAAGGAAUGGACCCGCGAAUUCGGCCUCACGGCCUUCCUCAAGACCGAAGACGCGCAGUUACAGGCUGAUCUUAAAUCCAAAAGCCAGAUUGCGACAAGGCUUUUGGUGCUGAAGCCGUCGAGUCCGCCGAAGGCGGUGGAUAUGGAGAUGGAUGAGGUUUCGGAGGAUGAAGAGGGUGAUGAGGAGGACGACGAUGAGGAGGUUGAUGAAGACGAUGGAGACGAAGAUGAGGAAGGCUCAGACUCCGACGAAGCCCCCCAACUCGUCGAAGACACCACCGAGGACUCACCCUCCCCACCCACCACCCCAUCCCGCUACGAGCUCCGAUCCCGCACCAAAUCCUCCCCUGCAGCGUCUGCACAACCAACACCCAGCAAGAAAGCCGCGACACCGAAACAAGAAAAGUCGCCCGCGGCGAAAUCGGUAGCGUCGGCAUCGAAGAAGAAGGGGAAGGGGAAGGGGGAUGCGAUGGAGGUGGAUGAGGCGUAUGAGUUUAGCGAGCAUUUUCCUGUUGCGUAGAUAGCGUAGCGUGUCGCUUUUUUUUCCUCCCACAUCUCACUCGUUCAACGCACGCCAUCGCAUUCAAACAUCCACCGCACACGCCCCCACCCUAGCAAUCCACUGCACACGCCCACUCUAGCAAACACACUAGCAUUACCGGUUUGCCACUGUAUCAUAGCAUCUUCCUUUUUCUCG